AUGAACGACCUCAUUUCAGGCUCUUUCUCUCGCUUCCGCAGCGAAGAACAAUCCCCAUCUCACGUAAUCCAGAUGACAAACUCUCCGUCCACCGGCGGUGUCAACCUCGACAAGUUCUUCGAGGACGUGGAAGCCAUUAAAGACGAGCUCAGAGACCUUGAAACCCUCUACUCCCAGCUCCAAACCGCUAAUGAACAGAGCAAAACCCUCCACAACGCCAAGUCUAUCAAGGACCUCAGGUCCAAGAUGGACAACGACGUCGCUUUAUCUCUCAAGAAAGCCAAGUUUAUCAAGGUCCGACUCGAAGCUCUAGAUCGCUCCAACGCCGCCAAUCGGAGCCUCCCCGGCUGCGGCCCGGGUAGCUCCUCCGACCGGACAAGAACCUCCGUCGUCAACGGCCUGAGAAAGAAACUCCAAGACUCCAUGAAUUCCUUCAACGAUCUUCGUACCAAGAUCGCUAAAGAGUACAAAGAGACAAUCCAGAGACGGUACUUCACCGUCACCGGAGAAAACGCCGAUGAAUCCACUCUGGAUACUCUGAUCUCCACCGGCGAGAGCGAAACUUUUUUGCAGAAAGCGAUUCAGCAGCAAGGAAGAGGGCAGGUCAUGGACACCAUAUUGGAGAUCCAAGAGAGACACGACGCAGUGAAAGAAAUGGAGAAGAACUUGAAGGAGUUGCAUCAAGUUUUUCUGGACAUGGCGGUUCUGGUUCAGAGUCAAGGAGAGCAAUUGGAUGAUAUUGAGAGUCAUGUGAACAGAGCCAAUUCCUUCGUUACAAGAGGUGCUCAGCAAUUGCAGGUGGCGAGGAAGCACCAAAAGAACACAAGGAAAUGGACUUGUUUCGCCAUUAUCCUCCUCCUGGUGAUCAUUUUGUUCGUUGUUCUCUUCACUGUGAAGCCAUGGCAGAACAACAACAAGAAAUAG